AACCGAUGAAAUUGGUGACGUUUUGCUGAGUUGCCGUUUCAGCCCGAACCCUUGAGUGGUUGUCAACCACUGGCUUUUAUUGGAUUACCUCCCUUUGGUAAAGGUGUCCCGCAUGAAAAUGUAAACAAGAGAAGUAUUCACUUUACUCGUUGAAAUAACAACAAGACAUACACAUGUCAUUGAUAGAUAUUGGGUUCCUUCGCGACCUACCUGUAUGUAAUAUGCCCUGCGUAUCUGAAGAAGUAUUUACAAAUGACCACAAGGCCAUGAUAGUGCUUAUAGCAAUUUGCAAAGUACCGAACAAAUAUCAACUGCAUAUAGUAUACUAUAAUGACUAUUUAUAUAAGGCUCCGGUGUUUCAACAUGUAUUUCAAUAUUUUGCGUCACGUGCCUGUGUGCAUUAGGGAAUAUUUAAAAAAAAACAUAACAUUUGUUGUUUGUUGUGACGUUUGCUUUACCUCCCUGCGCUGUGAUGCGUACUGCCAGUGUUAACUCAAUAACUGACAUAGUGUCACUAAAACAAAUGAUACAUGCAUUAUAGCGACCAGUGUCUGUCAUUUCGCAAAAACGCAAAAGUUGGCCAACAUAUUGUUACGAUGUUGCAGUCAUGGCAGUGUAGCGGCCAUAAAAUUUCAGAGUCCCGUGAUGGGAUUUGAACCGCGACGGACCUUCUGAUCCGAGGUUGGACAACUUGUCCACAUGACUAAAGAGGUUAACCCCUUCAGCAAGCUGACAAGUCUCUCCUACCUCUGGAACAUACACACCAUCAGCUUCCUCAUGCAUCUGAAGAUGGACGACAUUCAGGUAGAUGUUGCAGUCAUAGGCGCUGGUAUCAGUGGUUUGAGUGCCGCCUGUUUACUCAAGAAGACCGGAUUGAGAGUUGCUGUCCUCGAAGCCCAGGAUCGUGUUGGAGGACGGACCUACACAGUCAGGCACCCUGCACAUGGCAGUGUAGAUGUGGGUGGGGCCUACAUUGGACCCACACAGAACAGAGUGUACAGGCUGGUCAAGGAACUCGGACUACAAGUCUACAAUGUCAACGAAGACCACAGGACUGUCCUGUAUCUAAACGGUUCCUGGUCAACUUUUAAGGGAAACAUACCAUCUCUGAAAAAUCCUGUGAGCUAUCUGGAUCUCAAUCAUGCAAUUAGAACCAUUGACAAGAUGGCUGAACAGGUGCCCCUAGCUGCUCCCUGGAAGGCAGCCAAGGCCAAGGAGUGGGACUCCAUGACUGUACAGGAGUUCAUCAACUCCCUCUGCUGGACGCGUGAAGUCAAAGGAAUAAUAAAGAUCUUUGUCAACGCUGUCUUUACAUCUGAGGCCCAUGAAUUGUCCCUGCUGUUCUUCCUUCAAUAUGUCCACAGCGGCCACAAUGUCAACAGGUUGUCUCUCAUCACUGACGGGGCUCAGGAGAAGAAGAUUGUUGGAGGCUCCCAGCAGUUGUCUGAGAGGAUGAGUGACCGGCUCGGUGGUGACGUUCACCUCAGCUCCCCAGUCACAAGCGUCACACAGGACGACAAAGGAGUAGUUGUCAACAGCCCAGAUGGGAAAGUCGUCAAGUGUCAGUAUGUGAUCAGCGCCAUGCCACUCCCGCUCCUGUCCAGAGUGCACUUCUCCCCACCACUCCCUGGCCUCAAAGCCCAGCUGAUACAGCACGUCCCAAUGGGCUCCAUCAUCAAGACAAACAUGUUCUACAGCACCCCGUUCUGGAGGGAGCUCGAUCUUAGUGGUAUAGCUUUGAGUGACACUGGGCCAUCUGCAACAUGUUUCGAUGACACGAAGCCAGACGGCUCCCACCCUGCCAUCAUGGCAUUCAUCCUGGCUGACCAGUGUCGCAGCAUCACUCAACUCACAAAGGAAGCAAGAAAGCAGAAACUGUGUCAGCAGUUUGCAGAUAUGUUCAAAUGCAAGAAAUUUUUAGAGCCAGUGGGGUAUGUGGAGAAGAACUGGAUGGAGGAUGAGUAUUCUGGGGGGUGCUACACGGUCACCCUUCCCCCCGGAGUACUAUCACAGUAUGGAAGUGAGAUGAGGAAGCCACACCAUCGCCUGUAUUUUGCUGGAACAGAAACAGCCACAGAAUGGACAGGAUACAUGGAUGGAGCGAUCCAGGCCGGGGAGAGGGCAGCCAGAGAGGUGCUUUUUGCUGAGGGAAAGAUUAAGGAAUCAGAGAUUAUGCAAGAUGAACCAGAAUCAGAGGACUUCCCUGCAACGCCCCUCCCGACCUCCUGGGUAGAGCAGAACAUGCCAUCUGUCACUGCAGUGGUCACCAGUGUCAUGCUGGCUGGCUGUGUUGGGGUAGGGGCUAUCAUUCUGCAGAUGCUGUGAUAGGGCUUAGUGAGAGUUAUGGCUAUCAUUCUGCAGAUGCUGGGACAGGGAUCAGUGGGGGAUGGGGUCAUCAUUCUGCAGAUGCUGGGACAGGGAUCAGUGGAGGAUGGGGGUCAUCAUUCUGCAGAUACUGGGACAGGGAUCAGUGGAGGAUGGGGUCAUCAUUCUGCAGAUGCUGGGACAGGGAUCAGUGGAGGAUGGGGUCAUCAUUCUGCAGAUGCUGGGACAGGGAUCAGUGGAGGAUGGGGUCAUCAUUCUGCAGAUGCUGGGACAGGGAUCAGUGGAGGAUGGGGGUCAUCAUUCUGCAGAUGCUGGGACAGGGAUCAGUGGAGGAUGGGGUCAUCAUUCUGCAGAUGCUUGGAUAGGGCUUAGUGAGAGGUGUGGCUAUCAUUCUGCAGAUGCUGUGAUAGAGCUUAGUGAGAGGUGAGGCUAUCUUCAGAUGCUGGGAUAUACUGCUCUGAACACCCCAACCCCCAACCCCCACCCACUCACCUUCAAAACAAAAUGAAAAAAUCUAUGGAAAAUAUUUUCUUAUAUGUUUUUUUGUUACCUUGACAUCCUCAAUGUGUUUUAUCCAUCGUGUCUAUCCAUCCCCCUGUUAGCAAUGAAACCUGAAAUCGUUUCUUCUAUUAUGUCAAUGUUAUUUUCACAUAACUAGUCCGCAGGUAAACAAACAUUUUGUCAUGACCAGCUACACUUUCUGAAUAUGAAGGCCGUCCCGCCAAACUCUUCUUACCAUAUACCAUUGAAUGUAUCAUUGUAUGUUUUUCAAAUUUUCAGAGGAUGUUCAUAAUAUCCUUCUUUACGACAUGUUACAAUGAAGUUAAAUUUUAUUGUUUUAUUGUUGUCAUGGCAUUUAGUAGAAUGAGGGUGUUUGUAAUCAGUUGAAUAUCAAACUUUGUCAACUUCAGGCCACAAAACAAAUAUGUGUGUUUCCGGUUUCCCAACAGACCCUAGAAUUUUGUGCCAACCCUAAUUAUAUUUAGCGACAUACAACACUGGACAUUCAAAAAUCAUUGUUUUUAACGUACGACACCAGUGGUCAAGAACACGAUAUCAAAAUGACAGGGUUAACAGCAAGUAUGCUUGCACUUAAAUUUGCCAAAUGCGACCACCUACCGUGCAAAAAAUGACUGUUGGUGCCAGCAGUAUUCUCCUGUGGCUCUGCACGUUCAGUGUGAAGUCAGUGUAAUUUGUUUGCCUGAAGGAUCCAGAGUUUACAAGGGAAAAGGAAAUUAUUUCGGAGGCCACACAUAAAGCUAUCAAUGCUUUUGAGGCUUUCAUGUCUAAAGGAAGUGCACUGCCAUCGAAGAAAACUAAAAGUUAAUUUGUCUUGAAAACUAGACAAAGCCUUCCCGUCAUACUGAACAGUAUGAUUCAAUCAGAAUGUACCAAAAAUAUAUUUAUUAUAUAUGUCAUUUUAUCAGUUCAUUUCAUUCAAGAAAAUUAAUAUUUCAGACGAAAUGAUUUCAUGUUCUGUCAAAAUAGAAGAAUGUUAUGCGCACACCCUCCAACUUGCGAGUAAAUUGACCUUGAAAUUGUAUUUUUUCGAACCAGUUUAUGAAAUCUUUUAUCUACUAACGUUGUAACGGUCUUCAGAUCGCACAACCUGUUUCGCUUUUGCCCAAUGAAAGUUAUUGUUCUGGCAUAUGAUUUGUUUAUUUUUAAUGUUUUAUGAAAGUACUUUUAACCCCAAACUGACAUUUAACAAGGAACACAUGACUUCCCAGUCAAAGCCAACAAUUGAAAAACCUUUGACCUUUGUGAAGGUUAAGGCCACUUUAAUUCAAAAAUUAUCAUUGAAAUUCAAUAUACUAACAUCUGUGUGUAUUGCAGAUAUCUUCCUACAAUGAAGUCUACAUAUUUCUAUUAAGUAAAUUACUGAAAUAUAUAAAUUGUAAGUGUUUCCAUGGCAUUUGAUUUGUUGACCAAGCCCAAGGUUCUGCAUACCAGGGUAAGUGUUUAUAAAAACAGAAAGCAAUUUACGCCACGCCCACUUAUGGACUUGUCUGUUUUCUGAUUUGCUGAUAAUAGAAUUGGUGCACUUAACGAUGUAACUGAUUUGGUAUUGUUUCAUGUGUUGAUGAAUAAAUGAGCAGUCUCUGAA